GGACUGCGAGACAGCAGCGAGGAUGUGAGUGAGGAGCAGGCGGCGCCGCUCGCCACGCUGCUGCCGCUCCGCCGCCGCUCGGGGAAGUCGCGGCGCUCCGCCCGGGUGCCCCUCGUCGGCGGGACGGAUCGGAUCGGUUCGGCUCGGAUCGGCGCGUAGGGAACGGAGCGCGAGCUCGGCGGGCAGCCGCGGCGGGUGGAAGGUGACCCCCCCCCCCCCCCGUCUUCCUCCGAGCACCUCCGCCUCCUCCCGGAGGAGGAGCAGCGGCGGAGAGGCAGAGAGCGCCGGGAAACAGACGCGGCGAGAAGGCGACCCCCGCCCAGCCCCCCGCGGCAGCGGCAGACGCCGAUCCCCUCCCCGCCGGGGCAGCAGCGCCGGGAGCGGGCGGCGGCGGCCGUCCCCGGCUAACAGCGGGCGAGCCCCGGCCGCGAGCGGCGCCCGGAGCGGGUACGGACCCUCCUUCCAGCUCCGGCCCGCGGGGGAAGAGCGAGGCGACUCCGGCAGCGGCGGCGUCGGCUCCCCGGCCAGCGGCACCAUGUCCGCCGCGCAGGUGUCGUCGUCCCGGCGGCAGUCGUGCUACCUGUGCGACCUGCCCCGCAUGCCCUGGGCCAUGAUCUGGGACUUCACGGAGCCCGUCUGCCGCGGCUGCGUCAACUACGAGGGCGCCGACCGUAUCGAGUUCGUCAUAGAGACGGCGCGGCAGCUGAAGCGGGCGCACGGCUGCUUCCAGGACGGCCGCUCCCCGGGCCCCCCGCCGCCCGUCGGCGUCAAGGCGGUGCCUCUCUCGGCCAAGGAGGCGGCGGCGGCGGCGGCGGCGGCCCAGCAGCAGCUCAACCAUGUGGACGCGUCCUCUAAGGCGGCUUCGGGGCUCUCCCAGUCCGGCCUGGAACGCUACGGGCUGAGCGCGGCGGCGGCCGAGCAGCGCGGCCGCUUCGAGUACCCGCCUCCUCCGGGCAGCCUGGGCGGCGGCCACGGCGCCCGCCUGCCCAACGGGCUCGGGGGGCCCAACGGCUUCCCCAAGGCGCCCGAGGACGGCCCGCCGGAGCUCAACCGCCAGAGCCCCAACUCCUCGUCGUCGUCGUCUUCCUCCCGCCGCGGCGCGCACGGCGGGCUGGUGUCCGGCCUGCCCCCGGGGGCGGCGGGCGCGCAGCUCAACGUUCCCCCCAACCUGCUGCCGCAGACCCUGCUCAACGGGCCCGCCGCCUCCGGCGUGGCGCUGCCUCCGCCGCACGGGGGCCUGAGCGGCCGCGGCGGCGGCGGGCCCCCGGCGCCCUCCGCCUCCUCCCAGGGGGGUGCGUGCGGCGGCGGCGGCGGCGCCGGGGGAGGCGGCGGCCCGGCCCCGGAGGGCUGCGGCAAGCGGCCGGGCUCGGUGUCCAGCAGCGACCAGGAGCGCGAGCUGAAGGAGAAGCAGCGCAACGCCGAGGCGCUGGCUGAGCUGAGCGAGAGCCUGCGGAACCGGGCCGAGGAGUGGGCCAGCAAGCCCAAGAUCGUGCGGGACACGCUGCUGACGCUGGCCGGCUGCACGCCCUACGAGGUGCGCUUCAAGAAGGAUCACGCCCUGCUCGGCCGCGUCUUCGCCUUCGACGCCGUCUCCAAGCCGGGCAUGGACUAUGAGCUGAAGCUCUUCAUCGAGUACCCCAGCGGCUCUGGCACGGUCUUCUCCAGCGCGUCCGGCGUGGCCAAGCAGAUGUACCAGGACUGCAUGAAGGACUUCGGCCGCGGCCUCUCCUCGGGCUUCAAGUACCUGGAGUACGAGAAGAAGCACGGCUCCGGCGACUGGCGGUUGCUGGGGGACCUGCUGCCCGAGUCCGUGCGCUUUUUCAAGGAGCUGGUGGGCGCCGACAUGCUGCCGCAGCCCUACCUGGACGCCAGCUGCCCCAUGCUGCCCACGGCGCUGGUGAGCCUCCCGCGGCCGGGGGCCGGCGCCGGCGGGACGCAGGGCGCGGCCGCAGCCUCCCGGGGCCCGGGCGGCAGCGGCGGCAGCGGGAGCGGGGCCAUGCGCAAAAGGAAGGCGUCCCCCGAGCCCUCGGACUCGGCCGAGGGGGCCCUGAAGUUGAGUGACGAGCAGCAGCGGCAGCAGUGGAUGGCCAGUCAGAGCGAAGCGCUCAAGCUCACCAUGUCGGCCGGGGGCUUCGGGGCGGUGCACGGUGGGGGCCCCCCGCCGCCGCCACCGCCGCCCCUCGGGCCCCACUCCAACAGGACCACGCCGCCCGAGUCCGCCCCCCAGAACGGACAGUCCCCCAUGGCUGCGCUCAUGUCGGUGGCCGACACGCUGGGCAAUGCCCACUCGCCCAAGGACGGCAGCUCGGUGCACUCCACCACCUCUACCCGCAGGAACAGCAGCAGCCCCGUGUCACCGGCCUCCGUGCCGGGCCAGCGCCGCCUGGCCUCCCGCAACGGGGACAUGAACCUGCAAGUGGCCCCUCCUCCCCCCAGCGCCCACCCCGCCAUGGACCAAGUGCACCCCCAAAACAUUCCGGACUCCCCCAUGGCCAACAGC